CAGACAUUUCCGUUGCAUGUGUAUAUAUACAUGUCGUGGAUCACCACUUAACAGAGCAUACAUAACGUGCUAUACAGCAGCAAGAGAGAGCGAGCGCACGUGCAUAGGCCGAGCAGUUGUAGAUCGAUCGAUCGGCAAAAGAAGUAGAGCAUGGCAAUGGGCGGGUCCAGGUCGGUGGCCGCAGGGUUGCUCCUCCUGAACCUCAUCAUGUACGUGGUCGUGGCCAUCAUCGCCGGCUGGGCCAUCAACUACAGCAUCGACGACAGCGCCCACGCACUGAAGGGCGCGACGCCGCCGGUGAGGCUGUUCCCGAUCUACUUCCCGAUGGGCAACCUGGCCACGGGCUUCUUCGUCAUCUUCGCGCUCCUCGCCGGCGUGGUCGGCGUCUCCACCUCGCUCACCGGCCUGCGCGACGUCACUGACGGCCACCCAGCCAGCAUGAUGUCCGCCGCCGCCUCCGCCAUCGUCACCUGGACACUCACCCUCCUCGCCAUGGGGUUGGCGUGCAAGGAGAUUAGCAUUAGCCCGAGGCCCCCGAGCCUGCUCGCGUUGGAGACGUUCACCAUCAUCUUGGCCGCGACGCAGCUGCUCUGCGCCGGGUCGCUCCACGCCGGGGCCAACGCGGCCAUCGUCACGACGCCCAUCGGAGCCCGUGCAUACAGGGUUUGAUCUGGAUCCGGGAAGCACGUACAGUAUCAUCUUUGGAAACGAUUUGGUUGUGCGUGUGCGUGUGAAUGAAAUGAGUGUACGGAUUGUGCUAGCUAGCGUCUCAUUGACGGUAGUAUGAAUACCUGUGGUGUAAAUCGUGUGUUCCGGUGGGAUGUUGUUACGCAAAUGAUCGAUGUAUCGGGGACAGAACGUAUAUAAUUCUUUGAUUUGUCGGCUUCAGUAA